AUGGCGGACGACGCUCCACUACGUGCUCAACACAUCUCGAACACCUCCGCAAUCAACGGCGGCCAGAACUUUUCUGGAAUCGCCUACGGAAAUGUCAGUUUCGGCAACAGCGGUGACAGCUCGCACGGCUCUAACCGGAAAUGCGAGCCCUUUGACAACAUCCCGUUCCAUCCAGACCCUGACUUCGUGGACCGGCCCGAGACCUUAGCGUGGAUCCACCGCAUGUGCGCGGGACCAGGCGCUCGCGCGGCGCUCGUUGGCCUUGGCGGCGUAGGGUAUGUCAACGUCCGCUUCCCGAACAUCUGCACGGUGCUGAUGAAGCGAAGAAAGUCACAGUUAGCCAUUCGAUACGCCUACAACAUUCGCGAUACGACACCCCACAGACAGACUCAAGCUUCCUGGGCGACACGAUCCAAAGACGGACAUUUAGGGCUAGUCAGCGCCUGGCUAUGCGACGAGACAAACGGACAAUGGACAAUGAUCGUAGACAACGCCGAUGACGUCGAAAUCUUCUUCCCAUCCCAAGUGCGCAAGCAGGGCGAGCCGAUCGAAGGCGCGUCGGCAUCGCUGGCAAUGUACCUCCCCCAAAGUUGCAAUGGGACGAUUCUGUUCACCUCCCGGAAUAAGGAUGCGGCAGCCACGCUAGCAGGAGGCUACAAAAACAUCAGAGAGGUGUUCGUGAUGGAUAAGAGCCAAGGCAUGCAGCUUCUCCGCAAUAAACUCCUCCCCGACAAGCUGCAGGGCACGUCGAGUGAAGAUGAUGCGAUGGAUCUGCUCUAUUCUCUCGAUUACAUGCCUCUCACAAUUACCCAGGCUGCUGCUUACAUCAACCGGCGAUAUCGCAUGACGAUAACGGCUUAUCUGUCCGAAUUUCGGGCGAACGACAAGAAGAAAGAAUCCCUCCUAAAUCAGGAUACAGGCGACUUGCGUCGGGACCCGAGCGCAUCAAAUUCCGUGGUGACGACGUGGCAGAUGUCGUUCGAGCGCAUUCGACAAGAGCGGCCCUCCGCUGCCGAACUGCUAUCGCUUAUGAGCUUCUUCAACCCCCAAGGCAUUCCAGAGUGGAUACUUAAGGAGUUUCGCAGAACCGCGGAGGGGCCAGGCUGCGAAGAGAAGGCUUAUGCCAUGUUUAACGAGGACUUGGAUACCCUGCAGGCGUACUCGCUCAUAGCCGCAACGGCCGAGCCUGAUACGUGUGAGAUGCAUGCCCUCGUGCAUUUCUGCACCCAAGUGUGGCUGUCGUCAUCCGGCGGCUCAGAACAGUGGAAGCGGGAAUUCGUUGAGCUCAUGGCACUGGCUUCUCAACGCUGA